UCCUCCUUUAGCUUUGCUCCCGCCCACUCGCAACAACCAUGAUCAUCGAGGCCCUCACCUCGUACGCCCAUCAGGCAUGGGUGUGGUCCACCUCAUCAGCGCUUCACAGCGUCAUCGCUGGAGUGGUCCUGCUCAUCGCCCUCGUCCUCGUACAGGAGGCGCGUCGACCUGCAAUGGCGGGCAUCCCUGGACCCUUCCUCGCACGCUACACUGACCUGUGGUUGACGAGGCAGGCCAUGCGCGGUAAUCGAUCAGAAGUCGUGCACGGCCUUCACAAGAAAUAUGGCAGGUUUGUCCGCAUCGCUCCCAAUCAUGUCUCGAUUGCAGACCAUGCCGCCCUCAAUCCAGUCUACGGGCAUGGCACAGGCUCUCUCAAAGCAGACUUCUACGACGCAUUCGCUGCCCCAACCUUGCCUCGCGGUCUGUUCAACACCCGCAGUCGUCCCGAGCAUUCGAGGAAGCGCAAGAUUGUCUCGCAUACAUUCGCGCCCAAGAGCAUUGCUGCCUUUGAGCCCUUCGUGAGGAUGCAGAUUCAGAUCUUGGUCGGUAGGCUGGAGGAGUUGAGCAAGUCGAGUCAGGAUGGGUGGUACGCACUUGAUGUGCUGAUGUGGAUGAACUACUUCGCCUUCGACACGAUUGGCUCUCUAGCCUUUGGAUCUACGUUUGGCAUGCUUGAAAGAGGCUCACCCGAGGCAGACGUCGAGCUUCCAACCCCGUCAGGCAAGAUGGAGAAGACGACCUGCAACGCCGUGCAAAUCAUCAAUGAGCGCGGCGACUACUCCGCGACCUUGGGCGUGGUACCCCCCUACCUUCGCCCAUACGCAGCCAGGUUACCCUGGUUCUCCAAUAGGCUCAAGAGCGUCAAGAAGCUCACAGGCAUCGCAUUUGCUAAAGUCAACCAACGCUUGGAGCACGGCUCGGAUAGAGAGGACCUCCUGGCCAAGCUCCAAGCCGGGACGGACGAGACUGGCCAGACCAUGGGCAAAUACGAGCUGGUAGCAGAGAGUUUGACGCAGCUUAUCGCUGGGAGCGACACCACUUCGAAUAGUGCGACGGCUAUCAUUUAUCAUCUUUGCCAACAUCCAGCCGUGCUCAAGAAACUGCGGCAAGAGUUGGACGCGUCCCUCCCCGACGACAGCGACGAGGUGCCCCUGCUUAGCGAUGUGGACUCCCUGCCCUAUCUAAACGCCGUCAUCAACGAGUCGUUGCGCGUCCAUUCUACUUCAGCAAUCGGUCUUCCACGUCUCAUGCCGCAAGGUGGGGUGACCAUCGACGGCAAGCACUUCCCCGAGGGCAGUGUCCUCUCCGUUCCAACUUACACCAUUCAUCGUGACCCCACUGUGUGGGGCAAGGAUGCAGAGGAGUACAGGCCAGAGAGAUGGCUUGAUGCCGAGGGCAAGGCGACUAGCAAGUCUGACCUGGAGAAGAGCUUCAACCCCUUCUCUACGGGGCCGCGUGUCUGCGUGGGGCGCAACUUGGCCAUCCCGGAGCAGCAGAUGCUCAUCGCGACCCUUGUGAAACGCUUCGACUUCAAGCUGGAGAAGCCAGAGGAUGAUCUGCUGGUUGUUGAGGGCUUCUUGAGGAAACCUGUGACCUUGCCUGCGAAGGUGAGGAUAAGAAGGAAGGGGGAGGAGAGCGUGUGGUCGUGAGGCGACGAG